AUGUUCGGGCUCCGCAGCUACCAGGAAGCCCUGGCCAUGGAGGUUCAGCGGCCAGGAAACCAUGUCGUUGUUCUCCGAACGGGCGCUGGCAAGACGCGCGUCGCGUUUCAUCUGAUGCUUGAGGCGCUUCGACGUCACCGGGGGAAGCUGGUCUACUUCCUUGCGCCCACAGUGCCGCUGGCCAAGCAGCAGCACAUGGAAUUUCAGAGGGAGAUCGAGGCCAAGCGGCUUCCUUGGCAGACGGGUGUCCUUGCAGGCGGCAGCAAGACAAACCUCGGACGCUGCCAUGUGGUCUUCGCUACUCCUGGCUCGGUUCUCAACCAGCUCUGCAGCCCGGAGGCCAUGAAAAGCAUGUCACUGGUGGUGAUGGAUGAUGCUUGCCCUGGCAGUGGUUCGCUUUCAGCCAGUAACGUUGGUACAGCCGAGGAGGUCCACCACUCGACCGCCAAGAAAAGGCAUGGCGGCCAUGACUACUCCAAGAUUGCAACUGCCUACAGCGAGGCGGCGCCCUCCGCCCGGCUGAUCAAGGUGGCGGCAAGCCCGGAGUUUCUGGCUUUCAUGGAGGCAGCCAGGUGCUGUCACAGGGAGCUACAGACGGUGCAGUCGGCGCUGCCUCCAGAGGAUGAGAUGUUCCUGGAAGUGACGAGCCAGAUGAAGCAAGUUGACGAGCUGUCCGCGCGCGUGAGAAGUCUGGGCUGGGGCAGGGAGCCAGUGCUGAGGGACAUCCAGAUCCCCGAAGUGCCAGAGAGGCUGAAGUCUAGCUGGGAAGACCUGGGAAGGUGCUCCAGCCAAGGACUCUCACCUUGUUUCAGGUCCCUGCUGUCCGUGCUACGCCAGCAUGAUGCGGCCGAGUUUCGGUGCAUCGUCUUCGUGGAGACGCGCAAAACUGCGAGAGACAUGGUCAGGGCUCUCGAAGCUGUGGCCGCCAGCCAAGGUGAGUUGGGAUGGUUACUUCCUACAUGCCUCGUGGGACAUGCCAGGAGAGAUGACGAAGAGGGAACAAUGACCAUCGCACAGCAGAGCAAGAUCUUGGCUGACUUCAGGCAGGGACAUUUCAAUGUCAUGGUGGCAACAUCCGUGGCAGAGGAGGGCAUUGACAUCCCUUGUUGCAACCUGGUGGUGCGAAUGGAGCCGCCUCACACGGUGAUCUCCUUCAUACAGGCACGCGGACGUGCCAGGUAUCAUGACAGCCGCUUUGUCAUCAUGUGCUGCGAUGCCGAAGAGGAGGCACGUGUUUCCAGUGUGGAAGCCCGUGAGUCCGAGAUGCAGCAGCAGCUGAGACUUGGAUCCUCCAGAACACUGCAGUGCACCUGCUAUGAUAUGGGAGUCUCCCCUGAGGGGCACCCAUAUCAUGUCGCCCGGAAUUGCUGGAACCAAGAAGGGCCAGGAGCCCUUGAGCCCAUCCUGGCUUUUGACCCCAGGGACGGCAGCCGGGACCGGGAGCCCGAGGAGGCUUCGCGCGUGAUCCUCGAGGAGCUAGAGGUGGAUGUCGACGCUUGGAUUCGUCUGGUCUGCAAAGUUCCACGUGCAGCUAAGGACCUUUUGUUCCCGACUCAGGCGACGGUGCAGAAGACCUUCAGCCGCGGGGAGGAUGUCCUGCAGACGAUGCUUCAGAUGGUGCAAACGCCGGAGCACAUCUCAAAGCUGCCUUUGAUGUCGGUUGCAGCGAGUGCUGUGGAGAAGCUAGGAAGGCGAUCUCCCUUUCCAGACUCUCCACAAAGGCAGGUGUGGUUGUCUGCCGACAAUCGGCGGUGCUUUAUGUUCAAAGUCAUCGCUCCUUUGUGCGCCCUUGAGCACGUCCGCGUUGCAAGAAUCGACUGGACGCCCGAAAUGGAUGCAAAGCUGAUGCAGUGCCCUCAAACGAAUGCAUGGGCAACUGACCUGACCACAAUUGAGGCUGUCCGACAUGAGGUCAUCGAGUUACUAAGUUCGCGGCCUUUGAAGAUCCAAAGGCUGGCCCAGGCUGCCUCAGGCUUUGAUGCAAGAGCGGAUUACAUUUCGAAAUUGAACCUGCACUUGCAGCAAAGCCGCCGACCGCAUGUGGAACAAGCAAGAAUUGCAGAUUACAGGGAGCUUCUACGAAGUGACAAGACUUUCAGGUACGAGGUGGAAGUGGAAGGAAGAGUCUUUCGCGGAGACGUCCAGGCCAAAGUCAUGAAGGCCAGGCAAUCUGCUGCCUACGCUGCGUGUGUGGAGCUGGGCAUCUUGUAA